UCGGUAAAAAGCCGAUGUUCCGGUUAUUUUUCUCGUUCCAAGUUCCAUAUAAAAUGCCUUGCACCAGACAAUUAGAUGCAAUUGUGAAAUUGUUGUGCCACCAAGCGCCUGCGUUUACGUUUAAGUGGGAAAGUGAAAUAGAUCCAUUUGUCACAUUGCCAUGUCCAGCUUUGGAGCCGACGUUGACAAGGUUUGGCCAACUGUUGCGGGCGAUUCCCAAACGCUGACUAAGUUCGGUCGAAAGCUGCUUGAGAAAUGCCGAGAUUUGAAGAAACCCGUUGGCGGACCCGUUGAUAUAGAUGACUUUAUAAACAGAUCCAGAGAAUUUCCCCUUCCGUUUGGCGUUGAGAGUGUGCGGGUUAAUAGACAGCCGACGGCACGACAUGCACGCAUUGCCAGCCAAAUCUCCUCCGUCUAUCCGGUGAGACAUGAGCGCACUUUGGGAUUCCAUCUGCAUCUAGAGCACAAGUGUCAAUGGGGAAACUCUGUGCAGCGACCUGUCUACCAGCAGCUCUCCCUCUGCGGAUUCGUGCAGCGGCUGCUGGAGAAGCGUUGUGCCAGCUUCUUUGCUCGCAACGAUAAGUUCUUGCUGCUGACUGGCGAGAGUGGAGCUAGCGGCUUUGAGCCCAUCGGCAGCGCAGAGGAGAAGGCUCCGCUUGUCUUGGAACACGUUCUCAGCUACGAUGACGUCAAGCUGUCCGCCCUGCUGUCGGUCAGCUCGCACACGGAGUUCAUCAACGAAGGUGAGCGGGCCAAUUGUGGUCGGGUUACCCAAGAUCGUCGGGCAUUGGAGCCCGAAGGUGUCAUUAUGGGUCUCAUUGGGGCCCGGCUAUCGCGCCGCAAUCUGAUGGAGUUCCAGGACAUUGUCAUCGCGCGCACACAGAACACGCCAGAGAAUGGCUAUGGCAUGGACCUGGAUGUGCCGACCUCAAACCAGGCCGAGUAUUGCCGCCUCUGGCGAAACUUCUACGAGACGCGAGACUGUCUGUACGCCGAUGUCAGCAUUGACAAUCGGCGCUUUGUCUCGAGGAACAAGCAGGACAUCUUCGACAAUCUGGUGAUGAAGCGGCGCUAUGCCAUAAGCUUUGACAUGCUGCUGCUGGAGGCCCAGGCACGUGCUCGAGAGGCCGGCAAGCAGGCCUACAUUCAUGUCGUUGGUUUCGGUUCGGGGUGCUGGAAAGUGGCCCAGCAGCAGGAGCGCAUCUUUCUGGAGACCUUCGAGCAGCGCCUCCGCGAGCUGGGCAAGCGUUUCACCCACAUCGGUGUGGUGCACUUCUCCUGGUUCAGCCUCACCAAUUGCGGCGGAUUGCACAAUGGCGCCAUCAUCAAGACCGACGACCAUCCAGCGGACGGCAUUCGUGUGCACAUCUCCAAACGAAAUCCAGCCGAGAAGCUGUCCACUCCGGAGCACGCUAAUAUGCUGUUGGUGGUCUCCUAUGCCUGGGACGGCAGCCUGCCGGGAAAUGAGUUCUGGAUGAAAAUGCUCAAGUCCACGGGCGAUUCAUCAACGGCAUGUUCAACGCUCAUCACGGAGCUGCACAAUCCGCACAUCAACACCGAGUACUGCAAUGGCAACAAUCUACACAUCGCCUCGCCGGACCUGGGUGUCCUUCACAUAGCGGAGUAUGCCAGGCAUGUUCUAAAGAAAAACAGCAACGACGACAGCCACGCUGAUGAUUGAUGGCGGUCAUUGAGCGAAGGAAGAAGUCCCAGAGAAUCUUCUUGCGACUGGCUGUUAUUGCUUAGUCUGCGAGUAUCUCUUUGCUAUCUAAUCUUAUCUAAUCGUUGUGCAUGUUAGUUGUGGGUACUACAGCAAAUGCUGUAGGUCAACUCCAUGACCUCUCUUUGACAUUCAUUUGAGCAACUUUCAUGUUUUAUGUAUGUAUAUAUGUAUAAAAAAAUGUAUUAAAAUGCCAGAAUACAAUUCAAUUUACAAGCUG